UAAUCAUGCUCCGCCAGGCUCUUCAAUUGACGGCGAGUCUGCUGCUGCUGUUUGCCAUACUGUCCUUUGUGCUUUUUGCUUUCAUCCGCGUCGUCACCGGUGUCUCCAUUCAACGACUGGGCUUUUCGAGUUUGCGCCACAUCUCCUUCACCCCCAAAGAUGGCCUGCGCAUCGAAUUGCGCGGCCUCGGCUUUACACUCCACCGCCCUACCUUUGCCCAACCCACGUGGAUCAGCAUAGUCCUUACCGAGUUGAAAGUCACCGUAGACUUGAAAGCGCUGGAAGACCAUUCGCGAGCAAAGAGCACCUGGUCGAGGUGGACAAACGGAUCAUCUCGGACGUCUGCUGCGGAGAAGGAGCCUCUACCAGACUCGACAGGAGAAGAACACAACGUGAAGGAGGCGGAUGAUGAAGAGCCAGCGGGGGACGAUGAGGAUGAUGUACACCGGAGUCGGACAUGGGAGCGCUUGACUGAAGCCAAGGAACGAAUCAAACGUUUACACCGUCGCAUCAAAUGGAUCAAACUGGUCGACGUGAUUGCGACAGGAUCGACCUUGGUCAUAGUGGAUGUGGGUUCGGUGCAGGUUGGCAGCUUCACAAUGGCCGUGGAUACAAGACGAAAAACCGUAGAUCGUAGCCGUCUCUUCAACCACCAUAAACCAAAACCAAAUAAGGAGCAGCGGCCCGCCGAGUGGCUCUUCACAGUCCGCAGCGUCCUUUUCGUGCCAGAAGGCAAAGAACUGGCCGAAGCGACCCCGACCGAGAUCCUGGAUCAGGGCACGUUGACAGUUCAUGGCAUGCUGUACAAAGAACUAGAUGGGUUGCGCGACGCCUCCAUCAGCCUCAAGUUUGGUCGUCUGACUAUUCCAUUUGACUAUGUUAAGACUUGUGUAGAUCGCGCCAAAAGGUGUCGAGCUGCGUCUGUCCCCAAGGCGCAGGAUCCAGCCGAAGCAGACGUCUCGCUAAGGGCUGUCAUGGAGGAAAUUGACCAGCCAGGAAGCCGCGAAGAGAGCAUUGUGCGUACCGUGUCAGAUUCGAGAGAAUUUGCCAGUUCCAUUCUUCGUGGAGUUCAAGAGUUCCAAUUCGCCAUUAGUGUCUUCAAUAUGACCAAGCGCAUAGAUACGGGCGAUGAUAAUGAUUCUCCCGUCAAUCUCACCAUGAUGUCCAAGGAGAUUGGUAUGGAUCUAUUGCGUCUUGAUCCCAAGAGUCCGGCACAUUUGAUGUACUUCUCACCCAACGACAUUGCCCACCAAGCUCUAUUCGCCGUCAUCUCCGUCUCGGUGGGUAUCGACGACGGCCAUGGCCAUCCUGAGCGUCUGCUAUAUAUUCCUAUGGCCACAAUGACGCUAAACACAACCCUCCCUUCCAAAACCAUACAGUUUUCCAAAGACAAGAAUGCCACUGAACGUAAUACCAAUAUUCUCUUCGCCAAUCUCGUCAUAACGUCACCCUCUGUGGACUUCGACCCGAAGCAUGUGCCUCUACUUCUCGCGGUAUUUCGCUCUGAGGAAACAAUGAGGAAGCCUCCAAAGCUGCGCAAUCGAAAGCGAAGCUUAGUACGCCGACUCUUACCAAAAGCUAGCGUCAAGAUAUCCAUCCAUGAACCUGUCGUCCGUGUCACCUUACCGCCUAUGGAUCCGAGCAAGAGGGACACUGAUGAGUUCGACUUGCUUAUCUCAUCUUCGUCUUCAGUAUCAUUGGAUUUGGAGUCCUCUCACGCCGCUGAUGUCGAACUUCAUUAUGCGCUUGCUGCAACCUUUCGAAUGAAUUCCCAACAGCUCUAUUAUCAGACAGCGUCUAGCGAAAAACACAAUCUUCUCCUUACGAACCAACUGGAGGUCAAAGCACAACUGAGCGCAACCCCAGACGUCGUGGUCAACAUUGUCGGAACAGUGCAAACCUUUUCGGUGUUCUUAGUUCGACCGGAAAUCAGCGAGGGUUUGCGCCAAAUCGUCAUGCAAGUCCAAAAAGAUGUACGAAUGCGUCGUCGAACACCGAAAAGAAAAGGGUCUAGUUUCCUCCGGAAAUUGCCUCCAUGGCUGGCUCAUAUGCAGUUGAGUGGUUCAGACUUCAACCUCGAAGUCGCUGGUGUUGAUCCUGAUGUCUCGAAGCAUUCUCGUGGUGUUGGUCUGCACCUAGAGUCCUGGACCUCUGAAUAUCGCCAGAACAAGAAUGACGAAAGCGAUGCACGACCCACUCGCCGGCGCGCGCCAAGCAGAACUAUCAAUCGCGAUGAAUACCUCCUCCGCCCGACUACUCCCUCCUCGCCAAGUUCACCGCGCAGACUGGGUGACCCUACUGAUGGCAGACGCCUGACAAUCAAUUGGCAAGGGUUCGAGGGUUUCGUACUUGAGAACGACGAUCAAUGGGAGCAAGAGCCAUUCCUCUCAUUGCCCCGCGUGGAGGUAGCAUUCAAUACUUCGACAGAUAAGCAGGGGCCUCUUUUGCACACUCAUCUUUUCUGCCAAAGCAUUUUCUUACACUACUCUCUCUACCGCCACUUCGCUCUCGGGGUUGCUACUCUGGUGCUGAAGAGGUCUUUCAACGUACCUCUUUCGCAGGAGAAGGAGAAAACGCCUGUUUCACCCCACGCAGCUCGACAUUUGAAUGUACCCGGAGAAGGAAGAGAAGAUAUAGAUCCCGCAACUGGACUGCGGCGUGAAUCUUAUACUCUCGACGUGAAAGCACAUUUUAUGCAGAUCAAAGCUAAUAUGCCUGCCGACCCGCCUCUGAUGCUGCAGGUAUAUGGCUUGGAGGCCGGCCGCCAUCGAUGGACUAGCCCUUUUCUACGUUCUCGACUCGUUAGGCUGUAUGCCGAAAAUCCACAUGUUAAGCGCGUCUGGAGUCGCAUUGUCAGUGUCAAGUCGUUGCGGAUGGAUUAUAGACAGUCUAAGCGCAGAUACGGCCAUACCGUCACCGAUGAGAAAUCUUUUGACGUUGCAGCGGAUGCUAUACGUAUAGCGGUACCCCAUCAGCUUGUUAUGCAUCAAAUCUUCGAUAACAUUACGAAUGUCACGAAAACCGUCAAACAGCUACACCACCGCUUCAACACCGGGGACAAUGAGUACGUGCUAGACAAAGAACCCGAAGGUCCCAAGCAUGUGCCCAGGAUAUCAUUGCGCAGUCGAGCUGUUCUCUUCGAAAUCGAGGAUGGAUCUUUCGAGUGGAAACUUGGAGUCAUAUAUCGAUACGGGCUUAUAGAGCAGAAGCAGCGACUUGCGCGAGAGCUCGCUUAUGAGCUAAAAGUCAAAAAGCUCCAACAACAUGAUGACAAACGUGGAAGUCGGCAGCGUGCAAGGUCAGCUCACACAGGACGUCGAGGGCGGAGUAAAGCACAGAAAGGCAAAGAAUUACGAUUCCGGAGCAAGAGUGAAGAUGCCAGCGAGCCGAGUUCGCCUGAAAGGCCAAAAUCGGACCAUCCUAUGCGAUAUGAUAAAGAAGCGUACAAUGGCAUGAGCGGCCACUGCAGAACGUCAAUCGCAGAAGCACGAGACAAAUUAAACCGGCUCAACGCGCAAACUUGGCGGAAACGCAUUGAUCACGCUCUUUCUUCCCAAAAUCGUGCCAUGGAUGAGAUCAGGAGCAUCUUCUGGGGACUCGAUGAUGUGAUUGAUGAUGUUGACCACAAGGAACGCAUCAUGGCUGUAUCUCAGCGACCGCCACUUGCUUCCCUAGUCGUGAGUGAUCUUGACCUUGUUGUUGACAAGCCCUCUUUUCCUUUGUCGGAGUACCCACGAUUUCUUCAUGAUGUUGGAAAAGGGAUGCCCACCGAUAUGCAAUACUCUUUACUGGUUCCUAUGCACGUACAUCUCCAGAUGGGAGAGGCUAAAGUCCAGCUUCGGGAUUACCCGCUGCCGUUCAUCCACAUUCCUGCUUUACGUCCCACCCAAUCUGCUCGAAUGUCCAGCCUGAGCUUGAAAUCGGAUUUUGUCAUCGCAGAGGAAUAUCGGAACAUCGAGUCGUCCCGUAUCAGCAAGGUGGUUGUCCUUCCACAAGAAGAGAAUGAAUCGGGAGAACUUACAGGGGGCUACGCCGUCGACGUGCGACGUACGGUUGCGCCCGUGAAGACUUACUCAGACAUGAAGGUGGAUGUCAAUUCAUCCUAUCCUACCCGGAUCACCUGGGGAACAUCGUAUCAGCCUGCCAUACAAGAUAUGAUGCAGGUCAUUGAGGGAUUUUCUAAACCAGCAGUAGAUCCUUCUGAAAGAGUCGGCUUUUGGGACAAAAUUCGGCUCACGUUCCACUCACGCAUCAAGAUAUACUGGAAAGGCGAUGGCGAUGUUCAUCUGAUACUGAAAGGAUCUCGAGAUCCCUAUAUGGUCACUGGCCAUGGUGCGGGUUUUGUGAUGUGCUGGCAAAACGACGUUCAGCUUAGCCUUGCAGAAGACAAAGACCCGAGGAAUUUCAUGAUUGUGAACAGUGGUAACUACGUUCUUGCAAUCCCCGACCUCGCUCACUACGCUCGUCAAGAUUCCGAACCGGAGUCCCUUCAUCAUUCGGAAACAGCUUCCAGUAUAUCAAGCUAUAGGCAGCUUGCUACAUUUAAAAAGACGAUAAUGAAGCUUAGCGGCAACGUGCGCUGGGUAGUAGGGCUCGUUUUCGAACAAAACCUGGAUAAGGGGGGACGAUCAUUCGACUUCAUACCUCAUUAUGAUGUGGUAUUGAAGCAUCCAGACCAUGCCAAAAAUCAGAAUGGCAUGGUCUAUGAUGCAUACCGAGGUUUCCGAAGUCAUCACAUCCACAUGUCUCUUGCCAUUGCUGCACCUCAUGAUCGGGAGUGGUCCGUCGCGAAUUUGGAACCGUCGAAAACCUACAACAGCGUCCAUCUCACCCCUCGAUUCUUCACUCAUUUCUACAACUGGUGGUCAAUGUUUUCUGGUGCAAUGUCGCUUCCCAUCCGACAGGGUCCAUUAUGGCCGGGCAUUGAAAAGUCUAGUAAGAAGUUUGGCCGCCAUUUGGCCACCAUCAAGUACAAUCUGUUGCUGUCGCCAUUGUACAUGAGUCACAUCUAUAAACACAAAGAUGCCGAGGACUAUGGUCAUACAUCUGUUGCAUCUACUGGCUUGAAAGCCCGCCUUGACAGCUUUAUGUUCGACCUACACCAGAGGCGUGAGGAAUUUCGCACUGUGGUACAAGCACCGAAGAACCAGGAGGAUAGCAAGCAGAAUCAAACAUCAGGCAUGCGCAUCAACCAGGUGCAGCUGGAUCUCAUCAAAACAGAUGUUCGUGCUGUAUCAGCUAGCAUAGCAGGUACGAACCCGGACGACGUGGACGAAGCUUCCUCGGAGACGAUUGCCGAUUACAACCAGGAGAAUCCUACGGCAGAUUUGUCAAAGUUCACCAUACCUGACAACGACUGGGGGUGGGUAGAUAUGGAUGACUUUGUCGAGCUAGGAUGGCUACUACCCUCCGAAGUCCACCCCGAAACACAUAUCCUUCCUCUGGCGUUUGCUCCUCGUUUUACAUAUUUCCGCCAAACCGACCAUGCAGACAACAUCUCAGGCGAUCCUCACCGUACCAGUCCUUUCGGGAAUGAACCAACCCACCAUUGUGUCAUGUCGACACGCAACGACCCGAGGCAAGUUCAAUGCCAGUUGAUCGAACAACGUCUUAAACGUGUCAAAGAGCAAAUGGAAAACAAUCAACGCGCAAUGGGUGAGCAGGAGCUUCGUUCUAUUCGGGAACCUGGAGGUAACGAGGAGCUCCACGAGCGGCUGGAGAUACUUCGCAAUAACUCGUUGAUCCUACAACGGAAGCACGAUUUUUUGCUUCUGAUGCACCAGAGCUUGAUUGAGAAGCUCGAGACCAACGAUCAAAGCGCUUUGCCUGAUGGUGAGACAGAAGAUGAAGACGAAUACUAUGAAGCGAACGAAGACCACGCACAAGCAGACCCUGACACCAAAGGAAUGGAUUCCUCGCCCCAUGUUGAUCAGAUUAGCGAUUUCAAUAAUCGUUUCAUUAUCCACAAUGUUCACUUAAAAUGGAACAACUCGCUACGGAACAUAAUUUUGCGUUACAUUCACCAAGUCAGCCAGCGUCGCGGUUUUGUUUACUACAUGUCGCGAAGAGCCGUCAAAUUUAUCGUGGAUAUUGUAGAAGAGCAGAGAAGAUCGCGACAACACUCUUCUCCUGCAGCCCAGGGACCAAAUUCACCCCAGUCGCCUGAUUAUGAUGACGAAGCCGACAUCAAGAAUCAUAUAGAGCAGAUGUUGAACGAUGGUAAAAGCUUUGUCGAUGGAGAUGGCUCAAACGGAAGUGAUGAGGAUAGCUCCUCUGAAAAGAAGGCAGCCGACAAGUUGGCAGUUGAGUACCUGGCGCAAAACACAUACAUUGUACGAUUGAUUGCACCCCAGAUACAGCUGCAGAGUGAGAAGAACAACAAAGCAGCCGUUCUUGUUACAGCCAAGGGAAUGCAAUUGAAGGUGGUCCAGAUCAUGGACAAAGAUCGUCUUAUGGACGAAGUGUCCGGUCUAGUGCAACGUCGCUUCACUGCUUCUAUGGAUAGUCUGCAGAUAUUUGUUACAUCUACUCAAGCUUUCAAAACUGAGGAUGUUAGCAUGUAUUCUGGCAGUACAUAUGGUGCACCUGCUGGUACCGCGUGGCCACCGUGGGUGCCAUUUGAAGUCAUGUUCGAGUUCCACACCAAUCCUUUCGGCUUCCAACGAGUCGUCCAGCGCACUUCAGCGAGCAUGCGCUUCGACAAGCACAACACCCUUCGACUCAAGUACAAUGAUGAUGUGUCAGGCACAGACAAUGAUUCACACCAAGAAAGUCUGGAGACCAGAGUUGAUCAUCUCUGGGUUGACUUCCCGCAUAUCCGUGCUGUGUGUAACUCGCGACAAUACUACGCCAUGUAUGUGAUUGUACUGGACCUCCUUCUCUACAACGAACCACUCGAAAAGACGCGCACGGAGAGAUUGGAGAAGAUUAUGCUUGCUUCCGACUUCAGUGAUCUCACCGGUGCGCCGGCGUUAGUCGUUGGUCUUCAAGAGCGAAUUCGACAGCUGGAAGAGAUCAAGACCGCUUUUCAGGUCCACGAAAAAUAUCUAGAUAAGCAGGGCUGGAGCGAUCGCAUCGAGGUUGAGAAGGACCUAGCUGUGUACGAAGACGAGCUCUUCUUCGUCAUGAAAGCAAUUACGACAGCGCAACGCAAAAAUGAUGAUCGCGCUCAAGCCUCGCAGUCUACUGCAGUCCUGAGGUGGUAUAUCACUGCCUCGGAAAUUGUCUGGCAUUUGCUGCGUGAGACCAAUCAAAAUUCACUAGCAGAAUUCCAGUUGAAGAAUGCGCUUUACGAUCGCACCGACAACAGCGACGGUUCCAAUCUCAAUGUUGUAGAGGUCAAACAGAUGACCGGCCUCAAUCUGCUGCCCAACGCGAUUUAUCCUAAGAUGAUUUCGCCCUAUCUAGAAGCAGGGCAGCCUCCAAAAGACCUGCCGGAGACCAAGAUGUUCAAAGUGGAGUGGGUCAUGCUGGAAGCAAUCGCAGGUAUCCCGGUCAUGGAACAUUUCCAGGUCAAUCUUUUCCCUUUGAAAGUACAGCUUGAAUAUGAAAUCGGUAAAAAGCUGUUUGAGUAUGUUUUCCCGGGCAUCAAAGACAACAAAGCUGAGAACGCAAACCAUUCACCUUUCUUGGUGAGGCACAUGAUGCCCGCGAACGACGAUGACGAUGCCGAUGAUGAUGGCAGUGUUACACCUGGCAGUACCGCGAACAGUGCCACAUUGUUCCCUGAUAAUGAGCACGAAGUCAAUGCUCUAAAACUUCGCCUUACACCGACUCUACAUCUUCCAGAUAAGACCGAGGACCGAAAGGCCAAGAGGUCGUCGGAACGGAGGCCUACCAUGCACCAUUUACGUUUCUUCCGCGAAAAUCAAUCCCGAUCUGCCGGUGAAUUCCGUCGUAAUUUGCAUCCCAGCUCGGCGCUCUCUAUACACGAAAACUCUGCGGCACCUAGUCCCGCUCGUCCUGGGUCUACACGUUCAGGAUCGAUGUCUACGACAGUGACUUCGGCUUCAGCCGCAGAAUCGGAUAAGACUUCCAAGCGCUUCAAUCUCUACAGGAGUAGCACCAAUGACAAGAGAAUGAUCGCGAAUAAUAAGAAAGCGCGGAACGAUGAUCUCACACAGAUGAUGACCCGCGCUUCCAAUUAUAUGACGCUUUCCUAUGUGCAGAUUCCUAGCAUGGUCCUAUGCCUCAGCUACAAAGGCAAAGGACAGCGCAAUUUUGAAGACGUUCACGAUCUCGUGUUCAAAAUGCCAACACUGGAGUACAGCAAUAAAACUUGGUCGAACCUAGACCUUGCACUGCAGCUCAAGAAAGACGUGAUCCGCGCCCUCAUCUCGCACGCCGGCGCCAUCGUCGGCAACAAAUUUUCACACCAUCGCCCCUCCAAAAAUACGCAAUCCCGCCUCCGCCAGAUCGUAAACAACACCUCGAUAAUGAGCACAUCUCCCGACCUCUCCAGCAACGACUCCAACUCGGCCCGAGACUAUAGCCCCGGCGGGUCCGACAAUUCCAGCGAGCGACCCGGCGGCCGCCGCUCCUUUGCCUCAGGCCGCGCAAACUCGACCUUCUCAACUCUCAGCGAAGAAGGCUCCUCCAUCCAUUCGUCAGUCCGCACUCCGAACCCUAAUGCGCACUCUCUCGAGACCGGUAGCAUUAUGACGAGCAGUUGGGCCACGGACGGCGCCGGUGGUCUUGGUAUCGGCCCAACAGACACUAUAGAAGAUGGCCGCACCUUCGCCGACGAAAUCAAUCGCGUCGACCAGACGGAACCCGAAUUUGCGGGCGUCAUUAGCAGUUUGAGUCGUCAUCUCACACAAGUCAGCGCUCCGUUUGCCGCGGUGCAUAAAGAACGCGGUCGUGCUGGACCUGGGAGGAUCAUUGCUGCCCCUGGAAGCUCAAGCGGAUUCGGCAGUGGAAGCGGGAGCUGGGCAAACUAUAGCCGAGGUGGUAACAAUAACAGCAGUAGCGGUGUUGGUGGGGAAGAUGAGAAUGGAAGUGGUGUGAAUACGACGAUCACUGGAGGUUCUGGUGGAACAGCCACCGAGGAGGGAGUCAAGAAGAAGAGCAAGUUAAGUAAACUCUUGUUGGGGAGGGAUAAGUAGUUGUGUCUACUAAGCACAUUCUUGUGUUU